AUGAUGGGCUCCCGCUCCGCCGCCGUCGCCCGUGUCAUAGCCGCCGUCAAGCGUCAGGCAGAGGGGUCAGUGGAAGACUUCAGUCUAGAAGUUUUCUUGACAAAAGCGAAAUAUGCCGAGAGGUUGGAAGUGCUGACGGAAGCCUGGCCUGACGACUUGCAGGACUCGUACCAGGAGGCAGUAAAGCAGGAGAUCAUUCCGGCAGUCGGCAACUUGAAUGGAAAGCACCUCUAUGCAUGGGCAGCGGACGCUAGGGCGAAGAGAUCCAGUGACGAAGUGCCGGAGAGGCAGGCGUGGGAGGAGGUUCGGGAAGUCAAGGCAAACAAGACGGCAGUGGAUGAGACGAGGAUCAAUGCGUUCGAGAUGGUGUGCUCGCAGUACAAGAUGGAGAAGAGUGCUAUGGUGAAGUUGUACGAAGACUUCAUGAAAGACCUUCUCUCCAAGAUCGAGACCAUGAAGACAGAGGCGCUCUCCAACCUCUCGAAUUCUUUCUCUGUGGUUACUGACUACUCGGCUGACUCGGAAGAAGAAGUGUAUGAGAAGUGCUGGGGGAAAUUUGUGAGCCAGAAGGGGCUCGUGUCAAGAGACGAUUCUGUUCUCACCGAGUCAAAUCUCGAGAAGGCGAUCAAAAAGUUCGAGCAGCAGGUGCGCAACGAGCAAAAAGCCGCAUAUCUACGCGAUCCCAAGCGAGUUAAGCAACUGGACGAACUGACCAGCAAGCUUGCCACUCCCUUUCGAGCCGAAGAAGUUACAAAACUCAACGACGCCCUGGUCGCAGCGGCCCGUCGUGGAACCGCUGCUCAAGUCCCCUGUCUUGAGCCGACUUCCAGUCAUUCUGAGCUGUCCACCAGCUUCGAUGACCGAAUUCCUUCGGUUAGCAACACUGGUUCGACCAAGCCAAUGAGCACCCAAGUUAGAGGAGAGAAGCGUCACCGUGAGCUCGAUUCCCACAGCGACGGCGAGAGCCGCGACCGUCGGAGGCACCGUGGCAGCGAGAGGAGCCGCUCCCCUCGCAACGAUUCAAACGAAGCAACUCCUUCAGCUGCCCCUGUGGCAUCGCCGGCUCCUCAAGCUUCACAGAGUUCUAGACUGGCUCGCGCUGCGUCGAUGACAGCUUCACCCGCUCCAUUCAUGAGUCCUGAAACGCAGAAGGUAGACUUUGGGAAAAUAUGGACUCCAACGAACUCUGCACUCAGGGAUCCAGCUCUCCCAGGGCUAGCCUCCCUUGGCAGUAAUAAAUCUCUCGUGCCAGCCUUCCUUAGAAGCACUGACGAACAUCAAGACGGAAAGGCUGAUUGA